AUGGCGUACAAAACUAUAGACAGACGAAAAGCAUACACUUACUUGAAAGAGCUAGAGACAGGUGCAAAAACACCCGUCAGUCUCGCAAUGGAGCUUGCCACAAAAUUAGGGGCAGUUGCCGAAUUUGAAGAAACGAAAGAUUUAAAAUGGUCAAACUCUCCGUUUAAAUUUAACGCCAAACUUGGUGAUGUUAAAGCGGUCGGCGUUGGUGGUAGCAAGAAAGAGGCAAAGCAAAAUUCGGCAAAAGAACUGAUAAAGUUAAUUGAAAAUGAAAGUAAAAGCUACGCUGUGAAAGGAGAGCCCAAUAGUACAAAGUUAUUCACCGUUAACCUCACUGUAUCUCUGUGCGAAAGAAAUGUUGUUGGGGAACUUCAGAAUUUGGCAGCGAAGAAAAAAUGGGAAUUACCCACAUAUGAAUAUGGGGAACCGACAGGAGAGGCACAUUCUAAAACCUUUACUUGUCUUGUUAGGAUGAUGUCUGAUCUUAAAUGCAGUGGCUUUGGAUCUAGUAAAAAGGCUGCAAAGAAGCAAGCAGCAGAGAAAAUGUUGAAUAUUUUGCAAGUUGAUGGAGAUGAUUAUGACAUGGUUGAUGCAAGAACCCCUAUGGUUCAAACAUCACCAUAUGGCAACAGUACAACAACCCCAGAAACUUUAAAUGAGUCAGAUCUUGAAUCCAGCUCAAGUGACUCAGAACAAUCAUUGUCCCCGUUAAAACUGGAUUUCUCAACUGAAACUAGGGAUUUGAAAUACGAUAAUCUUUCCCAGGACAAAUUACAAAGCAUUAGCAAGAAAGAGGGUUUUACAAUUGAGUAUAUUCGGCUGCCUAGCAAAAGUAAGAAAGGUUGUUAUCAAGUUUUUGUAAAAUUAUUGUUUAUGGCAGAAAGGGAAGGUGAAGAAAUGCCUCCCAUAGUUACACAUGGUACUGGUAAUACUCUCGAGAUUGCAAAAUGCAAAGCAGCUGAGAGAGCUUGUCAACAUUUGGAGUGGAUGUUGUCUGUGCAAUAAAUUCAU